UAACAGCUGAAUCCUCUAAUCAUCAGUCUCUCUCAGCUCCAAAUCAGCCUGCCUCCUCUUCCGAUGAGUUGCUCCGCGACCACGUAGUCUCUUCUCAUAAUCAUCUAUGGAGUCUUGCCUUCUUGCCUAGUAGAAGCUUAGGAGAUCAAAUGAUGGAUCAUCAUCAUCAUAAUCAUCACAUAACAUCUUCAAGAAAUUCAUCAACAACAUCAGAACUACCAUCAUUCGAGUCAGCCUGCCAUAAUUAUGGUAACGGUUGGAUCUAUGACACAAAUCAAGUUAGGUACGAUCAAAGUAGUGACCAACGGCUGUCAAAGUUAACGGAUCUUGUAGGCAAGCACUGGUCAAUUGCGCCACCGAAUAAUCCCGACAUGAACCAUAACCUUCAUCAUCACUUCGAUCAUGAUCAUUCUCAAACAAACGACGACGUUUCUAUGUACAGACAAGCCUUGGAGGUGAAAAAUGAGGAAGAUCUUUGUUACAAUAAUGGCUCAAGUGGCGGUGGUUCCUUGUUCCAUGAUCCUAUAGAAAGUUCUAGAAAUUUCCUUGAUGUAAGGUUAAGUAGGCCAUUAAUGGAUAUUAAUCCGUCGUUUAAGCCAUGCUUUAAGGCCUUAAACGUAUCGGAGUUCAACAAGAAAGAACAUCAAACGGCAUCACUGGCAGCAGUGAGAUUGGGAACAACAAACGCAGGGAAGAAGAAAAGAUGUGAAGAAAUUUCCGAUGAGGUCUCCAAGAAGGCCAAGUGCAGCGCCGGCUCUACACUUUCGCCGGAGAAGGAACUACCAAAAGCCAAACUUCGAGACAAGAUCACGACUCUACAGCAAAUUGUGUCUCCCUUUGGAAAGACGGAUACUGCUUCUGUGCUUCAAGAAGCCAUCACUUAUAUAAAUUUUUAUCAAGAGCAAGUUAAGCUGCUAAGCACUCCUUAUAUGAAGAAUUCAUCAAUUAAGGAUCCAUGGGGAGGAUGGGAUAGAGAAGAUCACAACAAAAGGGGACCGAAACAUCUAGAUCUAAGGAGUAGAGGCCUUUGUUUGGUUCCUAUUUCUUGCACCCCAAUCGCAUACCGCGAUAACAGCGCAACUGACUAUUGGAGUCCCUCGUAUAGAGGCAGGCUUAUCUCUCCUGUAAUAUUGGAGCUCAGUAAUAAAUAUCCUGAUGUAACAACGUAUAAGGUUGACAUUGACGAGGGCGGUCUAUCAAAUGCUAUUGGGAUUUGGGAAGCUAAAUGUAUCUGAUGUGGUAACAUCCUCUGUUCCUUUUAGAUAUAAAAUAUUACUUUACAUUCUAAGAUCACGCAUGAACUAGCUUUCGCAUCUAAAUGAGCUCUAAUGUUAUCAAUGUUGAGAUCCAUCUGAUGAGGCAUUAUGAUGAUUGAUGAAUACAACCAACACUGCAAU